AGUUGGUAAGAUCACUCGCUAAUAACUUCACCAAGAUGGUAGCCUUCAACAUGUUAUGGAAGCUCUCUGUAGUGGUGGCACUUGGGCUCUCUGCCACGGCUACCUCUACUGAUGUAGCCCAGGAACAGCCCAAGAAGGAAGAAUUAAUCAACGGAAUCUCCACUGAGAAAGCAUCAACUGCAUCUAAAGAUGAGGAAGUAAAAGAAGCAACCGGGACUAGUACUCAAGGAAACAGUGAUCCGGAAGAGCCAUCCAAGUUCUCUGUUGAGUGGUAUCUGUUAUCCAAGCCCCUAAAUAGAGCAAGUCUUAUUGAUAUGUUGCCAUGGAAUUUACAAACUGCUGUGCCAGGGGACUGCAAGAAGCCAAUAUUGCCUGUAGUAGAAAGACAGAUUAGGGAUCAUUUUUCAUGGCUUGAGAAACAGAAACAGAAACAGAAACAGAAGGAAUCUUCUUCUUCACAGGGUAAAACCACUGAUGUUAGCCAACCCAAAAAAGAAUCGUUCUUAAGCAGAUUCUUCAAUAAAAACAACAAACCGGUUGAUAUCCCAGAAUUACCCAAGUACUCUCUGGAAUGGUAUUUUGUACAGAAGCCCGAAAACAGAAAACAUCUUCGUGAGAGAUUGCCAUAUGCUUCGAAAGGUGUUGUAGCAGAGGACUGUAGAGAACCAAUACCGCCCGUACUGGAAAAACGCAUUAGGGAUUAUUUCUCAUUAUAUAACGUCGACUGGUAUUUGUUAUCGGAACCAGAAAACAGAAGUGCCUUACGUUAUGUUUUGCCAGAGGAUUUGGCCGCAAAGGUACCAGAGGACUGUAAUGAACCAAUAAGCACCGAACUGGAAGAACUUAUUAGGGAGCAUUUCACAGUGGUUGAGAAGAAGCAGAGGCCUAAUCGUUUUUUGUAUUUCCAUUUAUAAAUGAACAACCAUGGACAACC